AUGUCCAAAAGGCGAAUGAUGUACGACAGGCGAACUUGUAUGUCAUGUUACUGUUUCUCGGAUCUUAGACUGGUAAUGCAUCAUAUUAUGAUGGCGUCAUGCGUCCUUAUUUCGAUGUUUUUUUUCAUAAAAUUAGACUGCUCGGUUUUCAGCCAUCUCCCUGCUUAUGUUGUUGCUUCAUUCAUCAAACGCUUCAGCCGUCUGCUGUUGUUCUCACCUGUUGGGUCGUUGAUGAUCAUUUUGCAACUUAUCCAAAACUGGCUUGUCCGGCACCCGAACGUCAUGCCAUUUUAUGCUCACGAUCCGUAUAUCUUUAAUGAAAACAAUAUGGCCGAGUCACGUGCUCUCGAAUCUUCUCUUUGGGAGGUGAAGCUUCGAAUUCGCCAGCGCUGUUGUUCAUUGCUUUUUGUAAACUGCAGUAAGUCAUGUCCCUUAAGAUGGAUCCGGUAUCAUCUGAAGCGUUUGGCAUACACAAGAUUAUAUUUAAAUGACGUGUGGUGCGGUCUAAAACAAUAUUAUGAUAUUUUUUGA